AUGUCCUUGUGGGUUGACAAGUAUAGACCUAAGUCAUUAAAUGCACUUUCACAUAAUGAAGAAUUGACGCAUUUUUUAAAGUCACUGUCUGAUCAACCUCGCGAUUUACCUCAUCUUUUACUAUAUGGACCAAAUGGUGCAGGUAAGAAGACGCGUUGCAUGGCAUUACUAGAGUCUAUAUUUGGUUCAGGAGUUUAUAGAUUAAAGAUUGAUGUUAGACAGUUUGUUACCGCCUCGAACAAGAAACUAGAGUUAAAUGUGGUUAGUUCGCCAUAUCAUUUGGAGAUCACACCCAGUGAUAUGGGCAACAAUGAUAGAAUUGUCAUUCAAGAGCUGUUGAAAGAAGUGGCACAAAUGGAACAAGUUGACUUCCACGAUUCUAAAGAUGGGUUGGCUCAUAGAUACAAAUGUGUUAUUAUCAACGAGGCAAAUUCUUUAACAAAGGAUGCCCAGGCUGCCUUGAGGCGCACCAUGGAAAAAUACUCUAAGAACAUUAGGCUGAUCAUGAUUUGCGAUUCUAUGUCGCCUAUAAUUGCUCCCAUCAAAUCACGUUGUCUUUUGGUUCGUUGUCCCGCACCAAGUGAUAAUGAAAUCUCAAAUAUUUUAUCUGAUGUAGCGACGAAUGAAAGAAUACAUUUAGAAACAAAGGAAAUUUUGCUGAAAAUUGCCAGCGAAUCGAAUGGGAAUUUACGAGUCUCUCUAUUGAUGCUCGAAUCUAUGGCAUUAAACAACGAACUAACAUUGAAAGUCAGUAGCCCUAUAAUAAAGCCGGACUGGAUUAUCGUAAUUCAAAAGCUAGCGAGAAAGGUCGUCAAAGAAAGAUCUGUUAACUCAUUGAUCGAAUGUAGAGCCGUUCUAUACGACUUGCUGGCUCACUGUAUACCUGCGAAUGUAAUUUUGAAGGAACUAACGUUUGCGCUGUUAAGCGUGGAAACCUUAAACACUGUGCAAAAGGCAUCCGUUAUUGAAAAUUCAAGUGUUUUCGAUGAAAGGCUAUCACUGGGGAAUAAGGCGAUCUUCCAUUUGGAAGGGUUUAUAGCAAAGGUCAUGUGCACUUUAGAUUAA